UCGAGAGUACCGGCGCGUUUCCGCUUCCGCUGUUGUUAGUCGCGGGAGAUGCAACCCAAACAAUGAAAUUUUCUGUAUAAAUUGUUGCUCUUUUAGUAUGUUGUUAGUGAAUUGAUGAUCACAUUAUGAGUUCUGCAAGCAAGGUUGGGGAAAUAUUUACGGCGGCUGGAUCAGCUUUCAGUAAGUUGGGAGAGUUGACAAUGCAACUCCACCCAACAACAGAGCAAAGCCCUACAAGUGGAAAAUGGACAGACAAUGAAAUUGAAAUGCUCAGAUCGGCUGUUAAAAAGUUUGGAGAUGAUCUCAACAAAAUUAGUGAAGUUAUAAAGAAUAGAACUAUUUCUCAAAUAAAAAAUCAGUUGAAACGGAAGGCAUUUGAGGAUGCUGGCAUACAACCCACUGUGGAGACAUCGCCGACAAAGACAGUCGUCAAGCACAUAGUAACGCACCACGUGACGCAUGAACCUCAGACCAAGAAACAGAAAACAUCAGAUGUGACGCUGAGUGCUCUCAAUGCUCCUGAAAGUGAUGUCGACAUUGAAGGUUUAGGUGAUGGAUCUGCAUCUAAAAAACUAGACUUCGACUCAGAUGUGGACUCCAGUAUGCUAUAGCGAUGCUGAAGAAGAGAAAAGAAUUUAUUUUCUUGACGGAAACUCCCAUCUGUCCUACAUGAUGAAGAUAGUCAAACUGAUCCUCACAUGCUCUCAUCGCAGGAAUUCCAUCAUCAUCAUCAUCAUAACAGUUUCAACGUGUUUCAUGCCCGCCUCCAACAAUGCCCACCAUUUUAAAAACUAAAUUCAGCUGUAACAUAACACAUUACCUGCCGGUCUGCAGUUUUUUUAUUUUAAGUUUAUAAUGAAAUAAUGGGGCUUUUACUGUGUUGAACAAAGUGGAAGCUGUUUUACAUAUGUUCAGAGUUUUUCGAAUUUAUUUGUUUGUUUGUUUGUUUGUUUGUUGUUUAACACUGCACUCGGAGAUAUUUAAGCUAUAUGACAGCAGUCUGUAAAUAAUCAAGUCUGGACCAGACAAUUCAGUGUUAGACAUCAUGAGUCAAUCAUCAUACAGCUGGAAUAUUGACUAGUGCAGCAUUAAACAGCAAAUCUUCUGUUGUAUCACAGUGUGUUUCCAGGGUGGGAAAAUAUAUAUUCAAACUGGUGAAUGGUGGAUAUCAGAACAUGUUUAAUUUUUUGGGGGGGGAUACUUUUGGACCGGUGGGUGAUGAAAAACACAAAAGCUACACUUGGCCUCACAUUGAAUACAGUAUGUAAUCUUUAAAAGACAGGGCCAUCGGUGCAUUUGCAAUGCCAGUGUGACACCAUACCCCUUGUUAUGGGGCGUGUAAUCGCAAAAAACAUGGACGCCAAAAAUGUUUGAUGUCUGAAAACAUAUAAUCAUUGAUAAUAGCGAGUGCUGUUUGUUUGACAGAUGCUUGUAGUGUUUAUUAAGAGAUAUUUAUUUGUAAGGCUAAAACAAUGUCAUGAAAACAAAAUGAAAGAAAACUUAAGAAACCUUUUUCUGCUUUGGGGUGUAAAAUAAGAUUCCUAAAAUCAGGUCUGUACAAUUCCAAAGGAAAACCUGGAAACCACUUGUUUUUAUUCUUGUUUCUUACCUGAGUGUUAAAGCAUAUGGCGAAAUGCUUAUUUAUUUUGAAUUUGUUUGCAAUGGUGUUUUAUCUUUUACUACAUGCACCUGUUAUAUUAGUGUCAACUGUUUUAUUAGUAAAACAACAGCUUGAUGUAAGGAAAUGAUAUUUGUUGAAAUGUGUUUUACUCUUUAACAUGUUAAAAACUUAUCGGAAUAUGUUUUAGAUUUUUGGAUUUUAAUUUGAUAAGUAUUGUAAGGCAGUUUACGUUAUUCUAAUCAGUAUGUGAGGCUGGUUAACAGAGAACAACACAAACUUGGGGGUGGAGGGGUGGAGGGGGGGCCAUCCCCCCCCAUUUUUUCCUCUAACAUGAACACAACUUGUAUUGAUUUCAUAGUCAUAGGUGGCCAAGUGAGAUAUAAGGUCUUGCAGUUUGCCAUGCAGAGUUAUAUCCCCUAGCCAUGCCAGGAUCCACGUAUGAUAACUGAAACACCAGAUUCAACCCUCAUUAUAACCCUUGGUCAGCAACACUCACAUGCUUGCAAGUGAGUGAGUGAGUAUGGUUUUACGCCGCUUUUAGCAAUAUUCAAGCAAUAUCAUGGCGGGGGACACCAGAAAUGGGCUUCACACAUUGUACCCAUGUCGGGAAUCGAACCCAGGUCUUUGGCGUGAUGAGCGAAUUCAUGCUUGUGGGUGUCAGCAAGGUUGUUUGCAUCAAUGAUCAGGUUCGAAUCCCGGUUCGCCCCGAUUAUGUUUCUAGGUUUGUCAGCACCAUACCCGUGCCCGUGGGUUUCACCGAAGUGGUAAAAGCCUGAGACCUGCAUCACUUCGAGCUUUCCUCCCACAUUAAGCUGACACGCCGCGAUAUAACUGGAAUAUUGUUAAAAGCGGUGUUAAACCCAACUCACUCACUCACUCAUCCCACUGUGACAGGAACUGGCGCACCAACUCAACUCUCGCCAAUGUUUAUUUAAGUCUCUGGAAGCUAAUAAUUUCCUUUCCCAAAGUUUGUCUUUUCAACAUGUCCAUAUUACCGUUUUUGCAGUUUAUUCUAAGUCAUGCAACAAGUAAGUGUCACAUUGAACAAUCACACAUUGAAGUACCAGAAUGAAACUGCCAUUUGUAGUUGUCAUAAAAAAAAUGCUGUCACCUAGCAUCUCAUAUUUUUCUCUUUUGUACAGAAUAUAAACUUGGUUUCUAGUAAAUGUAGCUAAUUUGUAAGAUUUUGAAUUUAAUAAAUAUAACAUAAUGUU